UUUAGUUAAAUAUUUGGUAUAAUAAUUUGUUUUUCUUAGUGUAUGAUCGCUGAUUUUAAUUAUUAACCACUUAGAUGUAUCGUCAAGUGCACGAUCAAUUAUAAGAAACUUUGUUAGCACGACAGAACGUUUUCGACAAUCAGCCGACAUGUAUUCGACAUAUGAUUGUUAUUUUGUGGUGGGGGGGGGGCAAACUGAAUUCACCAAAGAUUUCGGUCCGUCUGUCUGUCCGUAGACUCAAACUUGUUUGCAACAAUUCUUCUUCACUGUGUAAUGUACAACAUUCAAGUUCGCAGGCAGCGUUCUUAAUGAUAUAAAUUGUUCUGGUUCAAUUAUUAAUGUACUCAGGAUUACUUCAACAACAUUUUGAAAUAUUACUCAAUUGCAAGUAAGAAAGUUUGUUCUAUAAUGUCGUUUCCUACAACUACUUUGUAAAGUUCAUAACUUGUGAGCAGUCCUUUGCCUGUAUGUACAUGUCUUGUUCAUGCGGUCUUUAUACCAACCAUUAUCUUCAUAUCUUCAUAUACCGCUAUAUGCCCUGGUCAUUUUAGGAAAGUGAUCAUUACUAGCAGUAGACAUUUUAAUCGGUCGCCUUAUCAUCAAAUGCCUAUAGUGCGUAUUUAAAAUUGGUAAACAUAUAUUUUACAUAAUAAUGCUCUAAACCCAGAUCAGAAGUCACACUUUUUACAAAAAUCAAUUACAUUUAUUUAAAAUAGUGACCCUAAGAGAAAAAACAAUGACAUGAAACAAAAAAGAAAUACAACUAUUAUGCACUUACCGAAUCGUCAAAUACAGACCUUAAUUUAAAAUAAAUUAUCUUUAAAUUAUAUCUCGAAGACAAAGUAAGGGCUUUUCUAUAUAGUCCAGUUCAUUUGUGUAAAAAUUGUUCAGAAAAUGAUAAAAGCAUGAAAAUUUGCAGAAUGAAGUUAAGAUUAUAGCAAUUAAUUUCGGAUAUGGACCCAUCUGAAAUAAUCAAAAUGGCGGAUUUUGGCAGCCAUUUUAAAAUGGCGGCCGUAAUUUGUUCAUAAAAAAUUCUUCAAAAAAUCAUAACAAAUAUAUAUUUUUUCAUCUAUUUCAAUAACAUUUGGUACACAAAUCUCUAAUAAUAUCCCCAAUCAAUAAACAUCUUCAAUUUGCAAAAUUACGAAGGCUAUCUUAAAUAGCGGCCAUUUUGAAAAUUACAUUUUUCGAAAUUGCAAAAAAAGACAAUACAUUUUGUUUAAUUAUUUUUUAUUAAUAGUAGGUAAUCUUUUUUUCAUUAAAACGCUUACACAUUACUUUAAAUGUAUAUCCUAACACAUUAUCUAUGUCAAUCAUUUUUCAACUCAACACAUGCACAUAUCUAUUCUGGUUGCCAGACUAAAAUGUUCUGUAGUAAUUCACGCGACGACCUUAGCAACUGCAUUCGCAACGUCUGUCAUUCCAGCGCAUGCUUGUGUAAAUAACUGGGAGACUUUAAAGAGAGCAAUACUGGUCUUUCUAAAUGACAUAAGCCACGUCAAUAGAGUAUUACAACACUCCCAAUUGUCAAUGACAUUUAAACGGUGUCUACGAACUUAACAGAUCAGUUUGACAAAUGAUACAGGAUGCAUAUGGCCAAUUUUUUGUAUUAUUGUCACAUGGUAAAUAUUUUUAUUUGGAUAGAAUUGCAUAUAUUUUUUGAUGAUUUUAUUGCAAAAGGUUGGUGGUGAAAAAAAAAUAAUCGGAUUUUGCACACAGAAAAGUCGCAUCGUUAAAUAAGACGCGGGUACAAAUAUUGUAGAAAAAAGUUGCGUCUUAUACACAGGAAAAUAGGUAAAUGAAAGGUUUGUAUGCAAGUUUUUUUUUAUAAUUGCAGGUUCACCCAAGUAGUUUUUUGCAUUUGAAAACAUGUGACUUGUAAAGACAUUAUGGCAAAAAGAAUAAAACUUGUAGAUGUUUAUGUUAUACCUACCGAAAAACCCACUGAUCCAUUGGAUUGGAAAGAAUGUUUGAUUUGUCAAGAGAGAACACACGAGGAAUUACAAUGUCCUGCUGAUACGAAAAGAACUGAUGUAGAUAUUGGAGCUGGUUACUAUUCAUUUGAAUCUAAUAUACAAAGAUGUAUAGCAAUAAACUGGUUCCCUGUAAAACUUAACUUACAGCAACUGGAUGAAGGGAAUGGCAUUGCAUCAACACUUCAAAACCACAAGGCAAAGUGGCAUAAAACGUGCAAAAACAACUUUUCUGAUCUUAAGAUAUCACGUCAAGAAAAAAAAUAAACAAACACAUGAUUUUGUUGGAGAUUCACAAUCUAGACAUGCAAGUUAACUAACCAGACGCAGUUGUGGUUAUUCAACAAAACAAUGAUGCCCGGAUGCUUUUUUGUGGUGAUGAGUCAGGAGACCUUCACGAGGCAUCAAUAUUCAUGAUAGACAGACGAGUGCGGGAAUGUGCACUAGAACUACAAGAUACAGUUUUUUAAAACUAAGUGCUGGUGAUCUAAUAUCACAGGAGGCGAAAGAUCAUACCACCUGCUUGAUAAAUCUUUAUAACAUGACACGAAAACAUAUUCCAAAAACCGAGGAGGAACGUCAGGAAACGGUCGUUCAUGGACUCGUUCUUGCCGAUUUGGUAGAAUAUAUUGAUGCAUCACGAUCUGAAACUGAUGCCGUCCCGGUAUUCAAGCUGAUAGACUUGCAAAAACUGUAUACCGAGCGUCAUGAAAAAUUAGGCGUAUUUGUUGAAGGUCGUGUCAAUGCAACACGUUUGAAAAAUAGGAUAUUGGCUGCUUUACCAGAUUUUCAAGCCCAUUAGCAAGGGAGAGAUGUUCUUUUAGUCUUUAAAGAAGAUGUUGGCGAGGUUCUCGGACAGGCAACAUCUUGUAAUUACGAUGAUGAAGGUAUAAUCUUAGCAAAAGCAGCAUAGAGAGUCAGCAGAGAUAUACACUGAAUACUAAGUAUCGAUUUGCAGGAACAUUUAAUGAACGCUGCCAACAAGAAUCAGUUGCACAAACUUUACUUUCAUUAGUUAGAAUGAUCCUAGGAGGACCCAGCAUCGAGACUCAUUCUAGUAAUGUUGUCGAAUCGCAAUCAAUACUAACCAUUUCUCAGCUAUUACAAUUCAACUGUGCAAUACGUCGUCGAAAAGAUGCAGAUUCAAUUAACUUAGGAAUGGUUAUCCACGCAGAAACAAGAAAAAAUGAUCUUAUUGAUAAAAUUUUCAGUUUAGAACUCAGCAUAUCAUAUGGCAGAGUGAUGAAUACAUCGACAGCUAUGGGAAAUUCUAUUUGUGAUAGAUUUCAAAAUGAUGAUGUUGUGUGUCCAGCGAAACCUCGUGGCAAUAUUUUUACAACCGGAGCAAUUGAUAAUAUUGACCACAAUGCAAGCUCCACUACAGCUAAAGGAUCAUUACAUGGAACAGCGAUUUCUUUAUUUCAACACCCAGAAGUUGAUAACCUAGGUACUGACAGAGAAGGGAUCUUUAUCAAUGAAAACCUGAAAAGAGACAAAAUAAAACCAUUACCAGAAAGAUUCUCAAUAGUACCACCUGUCAUCCUCCCUAAGGAGCCAGCUGCUGUACCACUUUUGGAAGGACCAUUGAUGAUCCAUUCAGACCAUUUCAGUGAUGCACAAGACAUAGAGUAUAGGUGGCUCAAUCAUGUACGCCAGGAGAUCGAAAAACGUGAUGAUAGAGACAAGGAAACAAUGCCAUGCUCUGCCUUCCAUUCAAAUUUAUCUCAGAGUCAUUUGGUUAAGGCCAUUCCUUUGGAAUUUAGUUCCGUUUUACCCUUGUUUCAGGAAAAGGCAAAGUCUGCUGCAAUGAUUCGGCACUCAAUGACCAUUACCAAAGAGUGUGUCAGUUUUCUUAAUCCAGGACAAAUACCUGCUAUGGCAUGCGAUCAGCCACUUUACGCCCUAGCCAAAAACAUUCAAUGGAUUUUGCCUGAGAGAUACGGAGAGAAUCUUAUUGUAGUGAUGUUUGGUGGUCUUCACAUAGAGAUCGCUUCUUUGAGAACGAUUGGGGAUUGGCUACAGGAUAGUGUCUGGGUGAAUGCGUUAAGUCAGUCUAAUGUUGCAUCUGCCGGUACAGCAGACUCAUUCCUUAAGUAAUCACAUGUAACUAGAACCCGACAUGCGCACCCGAUAACUGCUUGCUCAUUACAUAUUUUGAUGCAUAAAGCCUAUACUCAAUUCAUAGAGUUUCGAUGAUAUAGGGGUCAAUUGUCUCAGUUUUGAGGAGUCGAAAGAAAGAAGAGAAAUGGAAAGUCAACUGUUCAAACUCUGGUCACUUACAUUAAAGUUUGAACUGAUAGUUCUUAUCUUUGUCAGGUCUCUACGAGAGGGAAAUUUUGAGCUGUAUAAAGAAUCGUUUACCAUGUUAAUUCCUUGGUUCUUCGCUUUGGACCAUCCAAAUAACGCUCGUUGGCUCCCUAUUCAUGUGAGAGAUAUGAUAGCAUUGGACGGCGUAGCACCAAGUAAAACGACAGAAUUCAAGAAAGAUCUUUUUACUCGAAAAAGGCGUGCAAGCGAUAAUAUCCCGCCAAGCCCUGCCGCGUUACACCAACACAUCAAGAGAGCAGCUUACCAGGCAGGAUUUUGCUGGGGACAGUCACUUGACAAACAACAAGAGCCCCAACCACCUAGCUCCUGGGGUUGGAAGCGCAACAAAGAUGGAACGUGGGAACCUUUCUGGACAACCUUACAGCAAGCUUCCGAGUCUCGUGCUGAACUCAUCAGAUGUGGAUGCAAAAGUGAAAAUGGCUGCCGAGGACGUUGUGUGUUAAAGCAGCUUUGAACUGCACAGCUCUAUGCAAAUGUGGAGGGCAAUGUGAUAGGGAAUUAAUACAUUUACUUUUACUUUGGACUUGACAAUAAAUGUUUAUUUGAUCAUGUACACGUGAUCUGUGUUGUUUACGGAUAGUGAACUCUUAAUUAACCUAAUUUUGUUUCCAAAAAAUGUUCAAGACAGUUUAAUAUAAUAUUUUGCAUUGAUUUUGACAAAUGUGGCUAGAAUUUCAUAUUAAAAGAUUUUAUUUGAUCAUAUUUAUUUUUAGUUUGGUUUUUGAUAACAUUGAUACGGUCAUUUGCAUGGUAAAUACAAGAUUUCAUGUCACUUAAUACACUAAUAAAAUUUUGAUGAAUUUUUAAAUGUAUCUUUUGGAAAAGUGACGGUUGCCAUUUUAAAAUGGCCGCCAUACCCCUAUAUGCAGAUUUUUUAGAAUGGGUCCCUAUCUGAUAUUGUUCAGUAUGCUCUUAGCUAGUAUUCUGCAAAUGCUCAUGCUUUUAUCACAUCUUGAACAAUUCUGGUGAAAAUCUGCACAAAUCGACUGGACUAAUAAACGAAAACAUAAAGAAAACAAGUUAUUGCGAAAAAAGGGAACACCACAUAAUUAUUCACUUUUAUGUAAC